GCCUUUAGGCACUAAAAUUCAUUCUGCCUUUCUAACACCGAUGUCUAAGAACAUUUAGCUGAAAAAUGAUACUAUUACAGUCUAAGUGGCAGCACAAUGACAACUAUGGAGAUUAAAAUCUGUUUUAUCUCAAACAACUGGCAGACAGGAGUCAACAGAGACAGGCUUGAGGAUAAACUUACACCCCGGUUCUUCUGUGGGUUCCGUGGGUGUAUCUUUGUCUUUUGUGGUCCAGCACUAUAUAAAUGUGGACACACCUGACUGUAGCACAUCAGCAUCCCCUACCUACAAUCAUUUCAUCUCUACACUGAGAUAGGGAGAAGACAACAACAUUUCAACUUCACAUCAACGACGAAAGAUAUCUUCAUAUCCAGAUUCUGACCAAAAAUAGGCAACAUGCUUUCAACUUUACAGAGAUCCACCAGAUACCUGUCUGCUGUUUCUGCUGCUCGAGGACUCCAUAAGUCUGCACUAGAUGUGGUGGAACGUCCUGCCCCUGAGGAAACAGUGACCAGCAGUUUUGGCAGGUUCAUUCAGAGUGUCCAGCCAAGGCAUCUGUCACCGACCGUGCUGCAGCGCAGCAAACGCAUGGUUUUGGACAGCAUCGGCGUUGGGCUUUUGGGAAGCACCACCGAUGUGUUUGAACUUGCCCUUCAGCACUGCCAGCACAUGUAUGCUCCUGAUGACGUCAGCUUUGUCUACGGGCGCCAAGGCGUGAAGCUGUCUCCAACCCUCGCUGCUUUUGUCAAUGGAGUAGCAGCUCAUUCUAUGGACUUCGACGACACUUGGCAUCCCGCGACCCACCCUUCUGGAGCAGUACUGCCUGCCCUCCUGGCUAUAAGCGACAUGUUGCACAACAACAGCAAACCGAGUGGGCUCGACUUACUAACCGCCUUCAGUGUGGGCAUCGAAAUCCAAGGCCGACUGAUGAGAUUCUCCAAUGAGGCUCACAAUAUCCCUAAGAGGUUUCAUCCUCCCAGCGUGGUGGGCACUCUGGGCAGCGCAGCGGCCUGCGCUCGCCUCCUCUCUCUGGAUCGCAAUCAGUGCAGUAAUGCCUUGGCCAUCGCUGCAUCUUUGGCAGGUGCACCAAUGGCUAAUGCAGCAACCCAAUCCAAACCUCUUCACAUCGGUAACGCCUCCCGCCUCGGUCUCGAAGCGGCCCUGCUGGCAUCACGUGGGUUGGAAGCGAGUCCUCUAGUCCUGGAUGCAGUACCCGGUGUAGCCGGCUUCAGUGCAUUCUACGAAGACUACGCCCCACACCCCAUCGCUUCCCUAGAGGAGGAUGAGCACAGCUUCCUCAUAGAAACGCAAGACAUCGCUUUCAAGCGUUUUCCCGCACACCUCGGAAUGCACUGGAUCGCUGACGCUGCCGCCGUCGUUCACAAGUCCUUGGUUGGCCUGAAAGGAGGCAGCGUUUCUCCAAACCUGGUGCAGGAUAUCCUGCUUCGAGUGCCGCUUUCCAAGUACAUCAACCGUCCGUUCCCAGAGACGGAGCACCAGGCGCGCCACUCCUUCCAGUUCAACGCCUGCACCGCCUUGCUGGACGGAGAAGUCACGGUGCAGUCCUUCCACCCAGAGGCCCUGCAGCGGCCCGAGCUCCACGCGCUCCUCUCCCGAGUCCGUGUGGAGCACCCCCACGACAACCCGGCCAAUUUCAACAUCAUGUACGGUGAGGUGGAGGUCACCUUGGUGAGUGGAGACGUCCUCCGAGGGCGCUGUGACACCUUCUACGGUCACUGGAGGAACCCGCUUAGCCAAGAAAGCCUUCAGAAGAAGUUCCGUAGCAAUGCAGGUGCAGUCCUGUCAGAUGAGAGGGUGGAGAGGCUGAUUGAAGCUGUUGAAGACCUGGACCGUUUAGAUGACUGUAAACCACUGCUGGCUCAACUGCAGUAAACUGCAUGGUUCCUUUUUAUGACAUGACAACUAUAAUGUAAAAUGAAGCUUGAUUUUUUUGUAGGGUUUAUUUAAUUAGAAGCACUACUUAGAUGUGUUACACCCUCUUUCUCUCAAUGUAUAUACUGUAGAGUGACAGUACUGAACUGUCUCAUUUCCUGCUGUGUAUGUUUUCAAAUGAGAUUUUACAAUAUUUAUUUACAAUAUUUCUCAAAAUGCCUAAAAGUAUAUUUGUAAAUAUAAAUGUUUUUCUCUAGCAAGCUCUUUUUAAAUAUUGUUUAAUGGAAUCUUUGUGAUGACUUCUGUUCUGCUUAAAUUAUGUAAU